AUGUUAAGUGUAAACAGUUUAGAUGCAUACACAUCAAUGCCAAAUCUUCCAACUACAUUUCCAAAAAUAACAAGAAAUUCUAUGUCAUCUCAAAUGUCUUUAGCUAAAUCAGGUCAAUUACUUCAUACUAAUAAAGCAUUUAGAAUUCCUUAUAGAUUAAUAGUAAAUGGUCAUGAAAAUAGAAAAAGUGAUGACUCUUCUCAAAUAUUUGCUACACCAAGAAGAAGUUCAACACAUACACCAAAUGUAGAAGUUACUCAACUUACAUUACAAUUAAGAAAAUUAAAUGCACUUCAAAGUAGAAUUGAUCAUAAAGAUGUAGAUAUUAAAAUAUUGAUUUUAUUUCAAUCAAUUAUUAGAGGGUAUUUAACAAGAAGAGUCUUUGGUAUAAAACUUAUGACUAAAAGAAAAGCUGCAUUAAUGGAAUUCUUAACUACUGAAGAAAGUUAUAGUAAUAGAAUGAAUGAAGUAUGUAAAAAGAUUUACAAACCAUUAUUAACUUUAAGUAAAAAUAAUCGUUUAUUGGUUGAAAAAGCAUUUUCAGUAUAUCAAGAAAUUAGUGUAAAUUCACAAAUAUUUUGUAAUAUAAUGAAUGAUGCAAUGAAAAAUUAUACAGUAUUUAAGAAUGUUUCUUGUCAUCUUCUGGAAUGUGUUGAAUAUUUAAGUCCUUAUAUGACUUAUGUUAUUGAUAGUGAAAAUUCAAUAAAAGCAGAGAAAGAGUUAGAAAAGUUAUCAAUUACUACUCAAGUGUUAUCUAUUGUCAAUGAAGGUAAAUUACAAAAUAGAAGAUUAAGUGGAUUACUACAAGAACCUUCAAUGAGAGUUAUGCAAUAUCCAAUGCUUAUAAAAGAGGCAUUAAAAUAUACUCAUCCAAAACACCCUGAUUAUUCUACAUUAAAAGAAGCAUAUAAAAUAUAUUAUUUCUUUACUACUUUAAUUAAUUCAAGAUGUAAACAAAAAGAUUUAUUAAAUGAAUGGGGAAAUCUAACUGGUCAACCAGAAAUUAAUAUAAAAGGAAGGUAUUGUCUUGGAGUCUUUGAUUUAAUUCCAAAUGGUAUUGUAAGAAGAAAGUCAUAUAAAAAGUUGCUUGUUUGUAAUGACAUUAUAUUUAUUGUUGUAGAUAAUUGUAAAAAAAGUUUCAUUGACUUAACUGAACCUCAAACAUCAUUUACUAUUGAACAGUCUUUAAAAAUUAAUAAUACAACAACAGUUCAAUUAAAAUAUCCAGACAUUCUUGAAAUUACUACAAAUUCUGAACUUAUUUCAAAAAAGUUCAUGAAAAUAGAAGAACGUGAUGAAGCAAUGAAACAAAUUGAAGCCUCUGUAUCUGAUAAAUUUUUUGAUCUAACUAACACUAAACAAUGGAUAACUCUUUUUACUCGUAUAAAUAAAAAAUUUGGAAAUCAAUUAUAA